AUGGAGAAGAUACAGUUCUACAAGUUUCACAAGAUAAUGACAAUGAAGGGAACUCCGGAACCUAUCACUGAGACAGACUCAGUAAUCUCCCAAGAGGAACGAGAUCAAUGGGAACAAUACUGGACCAUGGACUCUGCUGCGACAGAAGAAUUCCUUGGACCUGAGAAGAAAGCACAAUCCGAAUUAAUUGAGAUAAGAAGGAUCGUGGACCACCUAGACAAAGAACGCUGCAUUACGCAAUUUGGCCACGUGUUCUCGGAAGAUAACCCUGCCGACUGCGGAACAUGA